AUGCCGGGGAUCUACAAGAGUAGACAAGGACCUCGUGCGCUGGGAACGGCCUUCUGGUACGCCUACGGCAGCGCUGGUACUCACGGGACCUGCGACGCGAACAUACGCGCCUAUAGCAAGUUCGGUAUAAUCCCUCGAAUGCUGGUCGACGCCAGCCCGCAAUAUCGUAGCUUGGAGACCACCCUCUUCGGCGUCAAGUACCCCACCCCAGUCCUCGUAGCGCCCAUCGGCGUGCAGACUAUCUUCCACCCCGACGGGGAGGAGGCGUCCUCGGGGGCGGCGGGGCGUCUCGGUAUCCCGUACAUCAUGAGCACGGCGUCCUCGCGCAGUAUCGAGACCGUCGCGCGUUCGAAUGGGGAAGGUAACCCUCGUUGGUUCCAGCUGUAUUGGCCGCGCACCAACGAGAUCACGCUGUCUCUGCUCUCCCGAGCCAAGAAGGCCGGAUUCACCGCCCUGGUCGUCACAUUGGACACCAUGACCGUCGGCUGGCGCCCGCACGACCUCGCCAAGGCCUACUCGCCCUUCGCGCACAGCGUCGGCUGCCAGGUCGGGCGCAGUGACCCGGUGUUCAUGGCCAAGUUUGGGCGCGAACCUAUUGUAGAUGAACGCCCUCAGUUCCCUUAUAGGCCGGAUGAGAUGGAUGCGGCGUUUGCGGCGGGCGAUGAGAAGGUAAAGGACGACAUCUUCCUCGGCAGCGAGUGGCUGGGGGAGAUCACGUCGGGCACGUUCAAGGGCUGGGAAGACCUUGCCUUUCUCCGGCAGAACUGGGACGGCCCGCUCAUCCUGAAAGGCAUCCAAAGUGUGCACGACGCGGAAACCGCUCUGCUACACGGCGCGGACGGCAUCAUUGUCUCCAAUCACGGCGGCCGGCAGGUCGACGGCGCGAUCCCAUCGCUCUUCGCGCUCGAGCGCAUAAUGCGCUCGGACAAGAUCAGGGAGGCGCAGAGAUCAGGGAAGCUCACCAUCUUAUGCGACUCCGGCAUCCGCUCUGGCCCGGAUAUAGUCAAGGCGCUGGCGCUAGGGGCGCAGGCCGUACUUCUCGGACGGCCUUGGCUCUAUGGGAUGAUCGCAGGGGGACAGGCCGGCGCCGAGCAGGUCCUGCAGCACACCAUCGCGGAUCUGGACACCACGAUGGCGCUAUCCGGACUCCGUACUGUCGCGGACAUACAAGGGAAGGGGGAAGACGUGGUGGUCAGGAUAGAUGUAUAG